AUGUCUUGCUACGAGCAGCGCAAGCAGCCCUGCGUGGCCCCUCCCGUUUGCGUGCAGCAGUGCACCAAGUGCGUGGAGCCCUGCGAGACGGUGUGCGUGGAGACCUGCAAGCCGGUGUGCGUAGACCCCUGCAACCCGGUGUGCGUGGAGACCUGCAAGAGGGUGUGCGUGGAGCCGUGCGUGGAGGUCUGCCCCACGCCCUGCGCCACCCAGUGCACCACCACCUGCACCACCCAGUGUGUGGAUCCUUGUGUCACCCAGUGCGUGGAUCCUUGUGUCACCCAGUGCACCACCCAGUGCGUGGAGCCCUGCAGCACCCAGUGCGUGGAGGUCUGUCCCCCUGUCUGCAUUGACGCCUGCAUAAAGCCGUGUGCCACUCCGUGCCAAACCCAGUGCGCCCAGCGCGUGCAGCCCUGCCAAGCCCCCUGCGUGGAGGUGUGCGCCAAGAAGUGCGUUGAAAAGUGCGAGACCGUGUGCUCUCGCCGGUGCUGA